UCUUGAGAUGGGGAACCCCUCAUUGAAUGACUAUAAAACCAGAAACGUUCUUUUCGUCCACACUGAUUCUGGGCUUAUCAAGAGCUCGGCAAACAGAAAACCGAAAUGUAAUGCUGGCCUUAUCAAAAGAGAGAUAACGUAUCAAUAAUGUACUGUCGAGUUUCCAGCCCAAUUUACAUUUUUAUUGUGGAUUUAUUUUCAUAAUACAUCAAAUAGUUCUAUUGAACACAAUCAUCAUGACUUCCUUUGAGGGCAAAACACUUGUUGUGACCGGUGGCUGUUCAGGAAUUGGUUACGCAACGGUCGAAAAUUUUCUUAAGCGCAACAUUCAGAAUGUGGCGAUUUUGGAUAUAGACGACCCUCGGAAUGUUAUCGAAACGCUUCGAAACACCUUCAACAAUCCAAAUGUGAUAUUUAUCAAAACCGAUGUCACGAAAAAAGACCAAGUGAAGAGUGCAUUCGCUGAGGUGAUUUCAAAGUUCAAUUAUGUUGAUUUUCUUGUCGCCAACGCUGGUGUUCUGAGAGAAGACGAUUACGAGCUGACAAUCAACGUAAACGUGCUCGGACUAACCCACACAAUUUACACUGGUAUCGAUGUUAUGAACAAGGACAAAGGACGUGGAGGUAUUAUCAUAAGUACAGCGUCUGUGGCCGGACUCGAUGGAUUUUAUAGCAUGCCCGUGUACAGUGCCACUAAACACGCUGUUAUCGGUUUGAAUAGGUGUCUAGGCACUGAUCACUUCUACAACAAAUUUGGAAUAAAAUUUUUGACCGUUUGUCCAUCAUUUACUGAUACACCACUUCUUUUGGAGGACUUGGGAGAUCGAUUGACAGAAGGUACACUGGAAGCAACGCUACACAUCAAGACAGUAUUGCCAUCACAAACACCUGAUGUCGUGGGUCGAAGUAUUACCGAGACCAUAAUCAAUGGCGCAAACGGAUCAUUUUGGAUUGUAAGCAAUGGAGAAACCAAGGAGGUCACAUUGAAGUCAUAUUUCAUAGGACAAUGAAUAUGACAAUGGACUUGGGUACGUUGAUACUUGGAUACUUGGGUUGAUGAUGGGUACAUGUCAAGUGUAAGUUAUAUCGACUCUGAAAUGUAUAUGUAUGCAAAUUGCGUGUUUUUAAUAAAGAGCAUUUGGAAAACAAAUGGAAAACAGUCUC